AUGGCCAGGCUGGGAAUGUGCGAGGGGCCACUCUUGGCAGCGCCCGUGCUCCGCGCUGGCAGCGGAUCCAGCCGGGAACCGGCGGCCGUGGCGAAGUUCCUCGCAACGGAACGGAGCAGGCUGGAGCUGCAGUCAUGCAGAUGCUGUGCAGGAUCACAGACGGUCCCAGCACCGCUCCUGGGGUUGGCAGCAGAAUUGUUGGAUAAUGACCUUGCUGGCAGCUCUGAGCUUCUCCGGUGGGACCGUGCUCGCAGUGACACCGAGGGGAGGGAUGGGAAGAACAUCCCAGGCUCCAGGGAGUGUCAGCAAGCACCGAAGACUUGUAGCCCCAAACAGUUUGCAUGCAAAGAUCAGAUUACGUGCAUAUCUAAGGGCUGGCGCUGUGACGGGGAGAAGGAUUGUCCGGAUGGCUCGGAUGAAUCUCCCGAGAUAUGUCCCCAGAGCAAAGUGUCCCGCUGCCAACCCAACGAGCACAACUGCCUGGGCACCGAGCUCUGCAUCCACAUGAGCAAACUCUGCAAUGGCCUCCACGACUGCUUCGACGGCUCCGACGAGGGGCCGCACUGCCGGGAACAAUUGGCCAACUGCUCUGCGCUGGGCUGCCAGCACCACUGUGCACCGACCGUGUCCGGCCCCGUCUGCUACUGCAACCACUCCUUCCAGCUGGCUGAGGACCGGAGGAGCUGCAGAGAUUUUGAUGAAUGCACCGUGUAUGGGACCUGCAGCCAGACAUGCACCAACACAGAGGGCUCCUACACGUGCAGCUGUGUCGAGGGGUAUCUCCUGCAGCCAGACAACAGAUCCUGCAAAGCCAAGAACGAGCCCGUGGAUCGCCCUCCUGUGCUGCUCAUCGCCAACUCCCAGAACAUCCUGGCCACGUACCUGAGCGGAGCCCCCGUGCCCAACAUCACCCCCACCAGCGCCAAGCAGACCACGGCCAUGGACUUCAACUACGUGGAGGACACGGUGUGCUGGGUCCACGUGGGUGACAGUGCCUCCCAGACCAUCCUCAAGUGUGCCAAGAUCCCCAACCUGAAGGGCUUUGUGGAAGAACGGUCCAUCAACAUCUCCCUGAGUCUGCACCACGUGGAGCAGAUGGCCAUCGACUGGCUCACGGGCAACUUCUACUUCGUGGAUGACAUUGAUGACAGGAUCUUUGUCUGCAACAAAAACGGGGACACCUGCGUCACGCUGCUGGACCUGGAGCUGUACAAUCCCAAGGGAAUUGCGCUGGACCCAGCCAUGGGCAAGGUGUUCUUCACCGACUACGGGCAGAUCCCCAAGGUGGAGCGCUGUGACAUGGACGGGCAGAACCGCACCAAGCUGGUGGACAGCAAGAUCGUCUUCCCUCACGGCAUCACCUUGGACCUGGUGAACCGCCUGGUGUACUGGGCUGAUGCCUACCUGGACUACAUCGAGGUGGUGGACUACGAGGGCAAGAACAGGCACACCAUCAUCCAGGGCAUCCUGAUCGAGCACCUGUACGGGCUGACCGUCUUUGAGAACUACCUGUACGCCACCAACUCUGACAACGCCAACGCCCAGCAGAAAACCAGCGUCAUCCGCGUCAACCGCUUCAACAGCACCGAGUACCAGGUGGUGACACGCGUGGACAAGGGCGGAGCGCUGCACAUCUACCACCAGCGGCGCCAGCCCACAGGUGGGAGCCUGCACUGUCCCCAUGGCACUGCCCCCAUGGCACUGUCCCUGUGUCAUUGUCCCCAUAGCUCUGCCCCAUGGCACUGGCCCAGCCCUGCUGGUGGCCACAGCUGUCCCUGUCUCUGCACAGAGCCCGAGCACGAGCUGUUCCUGGUGUACGGGAAGGGGCGUCCCGGCAUCAUCCGUGGGAUGGACAUGGGCGCCAAGGUUCCGGAUGAGCACAUGAUCCCCAUCGAGAACCUCAUGAACCCCCGGGCCCUGGACUUCCACGCUGAGACCGGCUUCAUCUACUUCGCCGACACCACCAGCUACCUCAUCGGGCGCCAGAAGAUUGACGGCACGGAGCGAGAGACCAUCCUGAAGGACGGCAUCCACAAUGUGGAGGGGAUCGCCGUGGACUGGAUGGGGAACAACCUGUACUGGACGGAUGACGGCCCCAAGAAGACCAUCAGUGUGGCACGGCUGGAAAAGGCUGCCCAGACACGGAAGACGCUGAUCGAGGGGAAGAUGACGCAUCCCCGCGCCAUCGUGGUGGAUCCCCUGAACGGGUGGAUGUACUGGACAGACUGGGAGGAGGAUCCCAAGGACAGCAAGAGGGGCAAGAUCGAGAGGGCCUGGAUGGAUGGUUCCAACCGCAACAUCUUCAUCACCUCCAAGACCGUCCUGUGGCCCAACGGGCUGAGCCUGGACAUCCCAGCCAAGAUCCUGUACUGGGUGGAUGCUUUCUACGACCGCAUCGAGAUGGUUUAUCUCAAUGGCACCGAGCGGAAGAUCGUGUAUGAGGGCCCGGAGCUGAACCACGCCUUUGGGCUGUGCCACUACAGCAACUUUCUGUUCUGGACCGAGUACCGCAGCGGCAGCAUCUACCGGCUGGACCAGGCCUCCAAGGCCGUGAGCCUGCUCCGCAACGAGCGCCCGCCCAUCUUCGAGAUCCGCAUGUACGACGCGCAGCAGCAGCAAGUGGGCUCCAACAAAUGCCGUGUCAACAACGGGGGCUGCAGCAGCCUGUGCCUGGCCACCCCCCGGGGCCGUCAGUGCGCCUGUGCCGAGGACCAGAUCCUGGGGUCGGACUCUGUCACCUGCCAGGCCAAUCCAUCCUACGUCCCCCCGCCGCAGUGCCAGCCCGGGGAGUUCGCCUGCAAGAACAACCGCUGCAUCCAGGAGCGCUGGAAAUGCGACGGGGACAACGACUGCCUGGACAACAGCGAUGAAGCCCCCGAGCUCUGCCACCAGCACACCUGCCCUUCCGACCGCUUCAAGUGCAAGAACAACCGCUGCAUCCCCAACCGCUGGCUCUGCGACGGGGACAACGACUGUGGGAACAACGAGGACGAGUCCAACUCCACCUGCUCAGCCCGGACCUGCUCCCCCAACCAGUUCUCCUGCGCCAGCGGCCGCUGCAUCCCCAUCUCCUGGACGUGUGACCUGGACGACGACUGCGGGGACCGCUCUGACGAGUCUGCCUCGUGUGCCUACCCGACCUGCUUCCCCCUGACACAGUUCACCUGCAACAACGGGCGCUGCAUCAACAUCAACUGGCGCUGUGACAACGACAACGACUGCGGGGACAACAGCGACGAGGCCGGCUGCAGCCACUCCUGCUCCAGCAACCAGUUCAAGUGCAACAGCGGGCGCUGCAUCCCUGUGCACUGGACCUGUGACGGGGACAACGACUGCGGCGACUACAGCGACGAGACCCACGCCAACUGCACCAACCAGGCCACGCGCCCGCCCGGGGGCUGCCACACGGACGAGUUCCAGUGCCGGCUGGACGGGCUGUGCAUCCCCAUGCGCUGGCGCUGUGACGGGGACACGGACUGCAUGGACUCCAGCGACGAGAAGAACUGCGAGGGGGUCACCCACGUCUGCGACCCCAACGUCAAAUUUGGCUGCAAGGACUCAGCCCGGUGCAUCAGCAAGGCCUGGGUCUGUGACGGGGACAGCGACUGCGAGGACAACUCUGACGAGGAGAACUGCGAGUCCCUGGUGUGCAAACCCCCCUCACACACCUGUGCCAACAACACCUCCAUCUGCCUGCCCCCCGAGAAGCUCUGCGACGGCUCCGACGACUGCGGCGACGGCUCCGACGAGGGCGAGCUCUGCGACCAGUGUUCUCUCAACAACGGCGGCUGCAGCCACAACUGCACGGUGGCCCCUGGCGAGGGCAUCGUGUGCUCCUGUCCCCUGGGCAUGGAGCUGGGUGCUGACAACAAGACCUGCCAGAUCCAGAGCUACUGUGCCAAGCACCUCAAGUGCAGCCAGAAGUGCGAGCAGGACAAGUACAAUGUCAAGUGCUCCUGCUACGAGGGCUGGAUGCUGGAGCCUGAUGGCGAGAGCUGCCGCAGCCUGGACCCCUUCAAGCCGUUCAUCAUCUUCUCCAACCGGCACGAGAUCCGGCGCAUCGACCUGCACCGCGGGGACUACAGCGUGCUGGUGCCCGGGCUGCGCAACACCAUCGCCCUGGACUUCCACCUCAACCAGAGCUCCCUGUACUGGACCGACGUGGUGGAGGACAAGAUCUACAGGGGGAAGCUGCUGGAGAACGGGGCUCUGACCAGCUUUGAGGUGGUGAUCCAGUACGGCCUGGCCACCCCAGAGGGACUGGCCGUGGACUGGAUCGCUGGUAACAUCUACUGGGUGGAGAGCAACCUGGACCAGAUCGAGGUGGCCAAGCUGGAUGGCACCAUGAGGACCACGCUGCUGGCCGGGGACAUCGAGCACCCCCGCGCCAUCGCCCUGGACCCUCGCUACGGGAUCCUGUUCUGGACGGACUGGGACGCCAGCCUGCCCCGCAUCGAGGCCGCCUCCAUGAGCGGCGCGGGCCGACGCACCAUCCACAAGGAGACGGGCUCGGGGGGAUGGCCCAACGGGCUCACUGUCGACUACCUGGAGAAGAGGAUCCUCUGGAUCGAUGCCAGGUCGGAUGCCAUCUACUCGGCCCUGUACGAUGGGACGGGGCACAUCGAGGUGCUGCGGGGACACGAGUACCUGUCCCACCCCUUCGCUGUCACCCUGUACGGGGGGGAGGUGUACUGGACCGACUGGCGUACCAACACCUUGGCCAAGGCCAACAAGUGGACGGGGCACAACGUGACCGUGGUUCAGAGGACCAACACGCAGCCCUUUGACCUGCAGGUGUAUCACCCCUCCCGGCAGCCCCUGGCUCCUAAUCCCUGCGAAGCCAACGGCGGCAAAGGGCCGUGUUCCCACCUCUGCCUCAUCAACUACAACCGCACCUUGUCCUGUGCCUGCCCCCACCUCAUGAAGCUGGACAAGGACAACACCACCUGCUAUGAGUUUAAGAAGUUCCUGCUGUACGCGCGGCAGAUGGAGAUCCGGGGCGUGGACAUUGACAACCCCUACUACAACUACAUCAUCUCCUUCACCGUGCCCGACAUCGACAACGUCACCGUGGUGGACUACGACGCCCUGGAGCAGCGGAUUUACUGGUCAGAUGUCCGCACCCAGACCAUCAAGAGAGCCUUCAUCAACGGCACCGGCGUGGAGACCGUCGUCUCUGCAGACCUGCCCAACGCUCACGGCCUCUCCGUGGAUUGGGUUUCCAGAAACCUCUUCUGGACCAGCUACGACGCCAACAAGAAGCAGAUCAACGUGGCCAGGCUGGAUGGCUCCUUCAAGAACGCCGUGAUCCAGGGGCUGGACAAGCCCCACUGCCUGGUGGUGCACCCGCUGCGGGGGAAGCUCUACUGGACAGAUGGGGACAACAUCAGUGUGGCCAACAUGGACGGCAGCAACCGCACGCUGCUCUUCACCAACCAGAAGGGACCUGUUGGCCUGGCCAUCGAUUACCCGGAGAGCAAACUGUACUGGAUCAGCUCUGGCAACGGCACCAUCAACAGGUGUGACCUGGAUGGCAGCAACCUGGAGGUGAUCGAGUCCCUGCGGAGCCAGCUGAGCAAAGCCACCGCCCUGGCCAUCAUGGGGGACAAGCUGUGGUGGGCUGACCAGGCCUCCGAGAGGAUGGGCACCUGCAACAAGAAGGACGGGACGGAGGUGACGGUGCUGCGCAACAGCACCACGCUGGUGAUGCACAUGAAGGUGUACGAUGAGAGCAUCCAGCAAGCUGGGACCAACCCCUGCAGCCAAAACAACGGGGACUGCUCGCAGCUGUGCCUCCCCACCUCGGAGACCUCCCGCUCCUGCAUGUGCACGGCGGGCUACAGCCUCAAGAGCGGGCAGCAGUCCUGUGAAGGUGUUGGCUCCUUCCUCCUGUACUCGGUGCACGAGGGGAUCCGGGGCAUUCCCCUGGACCCCAAUGACAAGUCCGACGCUCUCGUGCCGGUGUCAGGAACCUCUCUGGCUGUGGGAAUCGACUUCCAUGCAGAGAACGACACGAUUUACUGGGUGGACAUGGGCCUGAGCACCAUCAGUCGAGCCAAGCGGGACCAGACGUGGCGUGAGGACGUGGUGACCAACGGCAUUGGGCGAGUGGAGGGCAUCGCCGUGGACUGGAUUGCUGGAAACAUCUACUGGACGGACCAGGGCUUCGAUGUCAUCGAGGUGGCCAGGCUGAACGGCUCCUUCCGCUACGUGGUCAUCUCGCAGGGGCUGGACAAGCCACGGGCCAUCACGGUCCAUCCAGAGAAGGGGUACCUGUUCUGGACAGAGUGGGGGCAGUACCCGCGCAUCGAGCGCUCGCGCCUGGACGGCACCGAGCGGAUGGUGCUGGUCAACGUCAGCAUCAGUUGGCCCAACGGGAUUUCCGUGGACUACGAGGAUGGGAAGCUGUACUGGUGUGAUGCCCGGACAGACAAGAUCGAACGGAUCGACCUGGAGACGGGCGAGAACCGGGAGGUCGUCCUGUCCAGCAACAACAUGGACAUGUUCUCCGUGUCGGUCUUCGAGGAAUACAUUUACUGGAGCGAUAGGACUCACGCCAACGGCUCCAUCAAAAGAGGCAACAAGGACAACGCCACCGAGUCGGUGUCGCUGCGGACCGGGAUCGGCGUGCAGCUCAAGGACAUCAAAGUCUUCAACCGGGCCCGGCAGAAGGGCACCAACAUCUGUGCCCAGAACAACGGGGGCUGCCAGCAGCUGUGCCUGUUCCGCGGCGGCGGGCAGAGGACGUGCGCCUGCGCCCACGGGAUGCUGUCGGAGGACGGCGUGAGCUGCCGGGACUACGACGGGUACCUGCUCUACUCGGAGCGCACCAUCCUCAAGAGCAUCCACCUCUCGGACGAGAACAACCUCAACGCGCCCAUCAAGCCCUUCGAGGACGCGGAGCACAUGAAGAACGUCAUCGCCCUGGCCUUCGAUUACCGCUACGGCUCCAAGGGCAGCAACCGCAUCUUCUACAGCGACAUCCACUUCGGCAACAUCCAGCAGAUCAACGACGACGGCACGGGCCGCAAGACCAUCGUGGAGAACGUGGGCUCUGUGGAGGGGCUGGCGUACCACCGCGGCUGGGACACGCUGUACUGGACCAGCUACACCACCUCCACCAUCACCCGCCACACCGUGGACCAGAGCCGCGUCGGGGCCUUUGAGAGGGAGACCGUGAUCACCAUGUCAGGGGACGACCACCCCCGGGCCUUCGUGCUGGACGAGUGCCAGAACCUGAUGUUCUGGACCAACUGGAAUGAGCAGCACCCCAGCAUCAUGCGAGCCACCCUGUCCGGCGCCAACGUCCUCAUCAUCAUCGACCAGGACAUACGGACGCCCAACGGGUUGGCCAUCGACCACAAGGCUGAGAAGAUUUACUUCUCUGAUGCCACCCUGGACAAGAUCGAGCGCUGCGAAUACGACGGCUCCAAUCGCCACGUGAUCCUGAAGUCGGAGCCUGUGCACCCCUUUGGCCUGGCCGUAUACGGGGAUUACAUCUUCUGGACGGACUGGGUGCGCCGGGCCGUGCAGCGCGCCAACAAAUACGUGGGCACCGACAUGAAACUGCUGCGUGUGGACAUCCCCCAGCAGCCCAUGGGCAUCAUCGCCGUGGCCAACGACACCGACAGCUGCGAGCUGUCCCCAUGCCGGGUGAACAACGGCGGCUGCCAGGACCUGUGUUUGCUCACCCCCAAGGGCCACGUCAACUGCUCCUGCCGCGGGGAGCGGGUCCUGCAGGAGGAUCUGACCUGCAAAGCUGUGAAUUCCACCUGCAACGUGGACGAGUUUGAGUGCGGGAACGGCGACUGCAUCGACUUCAGCCGCACCUGCGACGGCGUCGUGCACUGCAAGGACAAGUCGGACGAGAAGCAGUCCUACUGCAGCAGCCGCAAGUGCAAGAAGGGGUACCUGCACUGCAUGAACGGGCGCUGCGUCGCCAGUCGCUACUGGUGUGACGGCGUGGACAACUGCGGGGACAACUCGGACGAGGUGCCCUGUAACAAAACCAGCUGUGCCGCCACCGAGUUCCGCUGCCGGGACGGGACCUGCAUCGGGAAUUCCAGCCGCUGCAACCAGUUCAUCGACUGCGAGGAUGCAUCGGACGAAAUGAACUGCACUGCCACCGACUGCAGCAGCUACUUCAAGCUGGGGGUGAAGGGCACCACGUUCCAGAAGUGCGAGCACACGUCCCUGUGCUACGCGCCCAGCUGGGUGUGCGACGGCGCCAACGACUGCGGAGAUUACUCGGACGAGCGCAACUGCCCCGGUGGGAGGAAGCCCAAAUGUCCGUCCAACUACUUUGCCUGCCCGAGCGGGAGGUGCAUCCCCAUGACCUGGACCUGUGACAAGGAGGACGACUGCGAGAAUGGCGAAGAUGAGACCCAGUGCAGUGAGCGGCAGGACAAGUUCUGCUACCCUGUGCAGUUCGAGUGCAACAACCACCGCUGCAUCUCCAAGCUGUGGGUGUGUGAUGGUGCUGAUGACUGUGGGGAUGGCUCUGACGAGGACAGUCGCUGCCGGCUGACCACCUGCAGCUCCGGAUCCUUCCAGUGCCCGGGCACCUACGUGUGCGUGCCGGAGCGCUGGCUCUGUGACGGGGACAAGGACUGCGCGGACGGGGCCGACGAGACCCUCGCUGCCGGCUGCUGUGAGUGCCCGAGGCCGGGGGCCCCUCACCCUCCCUCAGAGUAUCCCACCUGCGGCCCCCACGAGUUCCGCUGUCAGAACGGCCGCUGCCUCAGCAACCGGCAGUGGGAAUGUGAUGGGGAGUUCGACUGCCACGACCACUCGGACGAGGCGCCCAAGAACCCGCGCUGCAGCAGCCCAGAAAACAAAUGCAACGACUCCUUCUUCCUCUGCAAGAAUGGGAAUUGCAUCUCCGAGGCGCUGCUCUGCGACAACAACAACGACUGCGCCGACGGCUCUGACGAGCUCAACUGCUUCAUCAACGAGUGCCUCAACAAGAAACUGAGUGGCUGCUCCCAGGAGUGUGAGGACCUCAAGAUUGGGUACAAGUGCAGAUGCCGUCCCGGGUUCCGGCUGAAGGACGACGGGAAGACGUGCAUCGACAUCGAUGAGUGCUCCACCACCUACCCCUGCAGCCAGAAGUGCAUCAACACCCUGGGCAGCUACAAGUGCCUCUGCAUUGAGGGCUACAAGCUCAGACCUGACAACCCCACCAGCUGCAAGGUUGUCACAGAUGAAGAGCCUUUCCUCAUCUUUGCCAACCGCUACUAUCUGAGGAAGCUCAACCUGGACGGCUCCAACUACACUCUGCUCAAGCAGGGGCUGAACAACGCCGUGGCUCUGGAUUUCGACUACCGGGAGCAGAUGAUCUACUGGACAGAUGUCACCACGCAGGGCAGCAUGAUCCGCCGCAUGCACAUCAACGGCAGCAACGUCCAGGUCCUUCACCGCACGGGGCUCAGCAACCCCGACGGGCUGGCUGUGGACUGGGUGGGAGGAAACCUGUACUGGUGUGACAAGGGCCGGGACACCAUCGAGGUGUCGAAGCUCAACGGCGCGUACCGCACCGUGCUGGUCAACUCGGGCCUGCGCGAGCCUCGCGCGCUCGUGGUGGACGUGCAGAACGGCUACCUCUACUGGACGGACUGGGGGGACCACUCUCUGAUCGGGAAGAUCGGCAUGGACGGCACCAACCGCAGCGUCAUCGUGGACACCAAGAUCACGUGGCCCAACGGCCUCACCCUCGAUUACAUCAACAGCCGGAUCUACUGGGCCGACGCCCGCGAGGAUUACAUCGAGUUCGCCAGCCUGGACGGCUCCAACCGGCACACGGUGCUGAGCCAGGACAUCCCGCACAUCUUCGCGCUCACCCUCUUUGAGGAUUUCAUCUACUGGACAGACUGGGAGACCAAGUCCAUCAACCGGGCCCACAAGACGACGGGAGCCAACAAGACGCUGCUGAUCAGCACCUUGCACCGGCCCAUGGACAUCCACAUCUACCACCCCUACCGCCAGCCCGACGUUCCCAACCAUCCCUGCAAGACCAACAACGGCGGCUGCAGCAACCUGUGCCUGCUCUCGCCGGGCGGGGGCCACAAGUGUGCCUGUCCCACCAACUUCUACCUGGGCAGCGAUGGCAAAACCUGCGUGUCCAACUGCACAGCCAGCCAGUUUGUCUGCAAGAACGACAAGUGCAUCCCUUUCUGGUGGAAAUGCGACACCGAGGACGACUGCGGGGACCGGUCGGACGAGCCGGAGGAUUGCCCUGAGUUCAAGUGCAGGCCAGGGCAGUUCCAGUGCUCCACAGGGAUCUGCACCAACCCCGCCUUCAUCUGCGACGGCGACAACGACUGCCAGGACAACUCCGACGAGGCCAACUGUGACAUCCACGUCUGCCUGCCCAGCCAGUUCAAGUGCACCAACACCAACCGCUGCAUCCCCGGCAUCUUCCGCUGCAACGGGCAGGACAACUGCGGGGACGGCGAGGACGAGAAGGACUGUCCGGAGGUGACCUGUGCCCCCAACCAGUUCCAGUGUGCCAUCACCAAGCGCUGCAUCCCCCGUGUCUGGGUCUGUGACCGUGACAACGACUGCGUGGACGGCUCCGAUGAACCUGCCAACUGCAGUAAGGGAUCUGUGUGGGGAGGGGCUUCUGGCCACACCAGGCACCUCUGUGUCACCUCUGGGGGUGGCAGGACUCUGCUCAGUCCCUUCUUGGUCCCUGCUUUGUCUCUGCUCAGUUCCUGCUCAGUUCUACCUCGGUCCCUCCUCAGUUCCUGCUCACCCCUGCUGUCCCUCCCAGACGAGCGCACGUGUGAGCCGUACCAGUUCCGCUGCAAGAACAACCGCUGUGUGCCGGGCCGCUGGCAGUGCGACUACGACAACGACUGCGGGGACAACUCUGACGAGGAGAGCUGCACACCCCGGCCCUGCUCUGAGAGCGAGUUCUCGUGUGCCAACGGCCGCUGCAUCGCGGGCAGGUGGAAAUGCGACGGGGACCACGACUGCGCCGACGGCUCCGACGAGAAAGACUGCACCCCCCGCUGCGAGCUGGACCAGUUCAAGUGCAAGAACGGGCACUGCAUCCCCAUGCGCUGGCGCUGCGACGCCGACGCCGACUGCAUGGACGGCAGCGACGAGGAGCAGCCUGGCUCCGGCGUCUCCUUUCACCGUCACCGUUUGUUUCUGUUUGCUGGUGCAGUGAAAUUCCAGUGUCCCCCCAACAGACCGUUCCGCUGCAAGAACGACCGGGUGUGUCUGUGGAUCGGUCGACAGUGCGACGGCAUCGACAACUGUGGAGAUAACACGGAUGAGAAGGACUGCGAGUCACCCACAGCCAAACCCAAGAGCUGCAGCCAGGACAAGAACGAGUUCCUGUGUGGGAACAAGAAGUGCAUCAGCGCCAACCUCCGCUGCAACUUCUUCGAUGACUGCGGAGACGGCUCCGAUGAAGAAUCUUGCUCCCACGAGCACAAGUCAUACGACUGCACGACCAACACCACCAUGUGUGGGGAUGAGGCCCAGUGCGUCCAGUCCCGCUCAGCCUCAUACUGCACCUGCCGCAGAGGCUUCCAGAAGGUUCCAGACAAGAAUUUUUGCCAAGACAUCAACGAGUGCCUGCGCUUCGGGACCUGCUCCCAGCUCUGCAACAACACCAAGGGCUCCCACGUCUGCAGCUGCAGCAAGAACUUCAUGAAGACGGACAACAUGUGCAAGGCAGAAGGCUCCGAGCACCAGAUCCUCUACAUCGCUGACGACAACAAGAUCAGGAGCAUGUACCCCUUCAACCCCAACUCUGCCUACGAGCCAGCCUUCCAGGGCGAUGAGAACGUGCGUAUCGACGCCAUGGACAUCUACGUCAAGGGCAACAAGAUCUACUGGACCAACUGGCACACGGGCCGGAUCUCGUACCGGGAGCUGCCCGCCUCCUCCUCCGCCUCCACCGCCUCCAACCGCAACCGGCGCCAGAUCGACGGCGGCGUCACCCACCUGAACAUCUCAGGGCUGAAGAUGCCGCGGGGAAUCGCCAUCGAUUGGGUGGCUGGGAACAUCUACUGGACGGACUCGGGGCGGGACGUCAUCGAGGUGGCGCAGAUGAAGGGCGAGAACCGCAAGACGCUGAUUUCGGGGAUGAUCGAUGAGCCCCACGCCAUCGUGGUUGAUCCACUGCGGGGAACGAUGUACUGGUCAGACUGGGGCAAUCACCCCAAGAUCGAGACGGCCGCCAUGGAUGGGACGCUGCGGGAGACCCUGGUGCAGGACAACAUCCAGUGGCCAACAGGCCUGGCCGUGGAUUACCACAACGAGAGGCUGUACUGGGCCGACGCCAAGCUCUCCGUCAUCGGCAGCAUCCGGCUCAACGGCACCGACCCCGUCGUGGCCAUCGACAACAAGAAGGGGCUGAGCCACCCGUUCAGCAUCGACAUCUUUGAGGACUACAUCUACGGCGUCACCUACAUCAACAACCGCAUCUUCAAGAUCCACAAGUUCGGGCACAAGCCUGUCACCAACCUGACGUCCGGCCUCAACCACGCCACCGACGUCGUGCUCUACCACCAGUACAAGCAGCCAGAGGUGACCAACCCCUGUGACCGCAAGAAGUGCGAGUGGCUCUGCCUGCUCAGCCCCAGCGGCCCCGUGUGCACCUGCCCCAACGGCAAACGCCUGGACAACGGCACCUGCGUGGUCAUUCCCUCCCCCACCAGGACGAUGAUGAGGAUGAUGAUGAGGAUGAGGAUGAGGAUGAUGAUGAGGAUGGAAGUUGGGCGCUGCCAGCGCGGUCCCGCUCACUUCCAUCCCCUCCACGCCUCCCUCGCAGUGCCCACCACCGACACGUGUGACCUGGUGUGCCUGAACGGCGGCAGCUGCUUCCUCAACGCCCGCAAGCAGGCCAAGUGCCGCUGCCAGCCGCGCUACAACGGCGACAAGUGCCAGAUCGACCAGUGCUGGGACUACUGCCAGAACGGGGGCACCUGCGCCGCCUCCCCCUCAGGAAUGCCGACCUGCCGCUGCCCCACCGGCUUCACCGGGCCCCGGUGCAACCAGCAGGUGUGCACGGACUACUGCCAGCACAACGGCAGCUGCACCGUCAACCAGGGCAACCAGCCCAGCUGCCGCUGCCUGCCCACCUUCAUCGGGGACCGCUGCCAGUACCGGCAGUGCUUUGACUAUUGUGAGAACGAUGGCGUGUGCCAGAUGACAGCCAGCGGUGCCAAGCAGUGCCGCUGCCCCCCUCAAUUCGAGGGCGCCCAGUGCCAGGAGAACAAGUGCUCCCGGUGCCAGGAGGGCAAGUGCAGCAUCAACAAGCAGAGCGGGGAGGUCUCCUGCAUCUGCCCUGAUGGGAAGAUAGCACCGAGCUGCCUGACGUGUGACAAUUACUGCCUGCACGGCGGGACCUGCUCCAUCAGCGACAAGACACAGCUGCCCGAGUGCCUGUGUCCCUCGGGGAUGACGGGCACGCGCUGCGAGGAUUUCAUCGUGGGCGAGCAGCAGAGCAGCCGAACAGCCUCCAUCGUCAUCCCCAUCCUGCUGCUCCUCAUCCUCCUCACCGUGGUGGCUUUUGUGUGGUACAAGUGGAGAAUUAAAGGAGCCAAGGGCUUCCAGCACCAGCGGAUGACGAACGGUGCCAUGAACGUGGAGAUCGGGAACCCAACCUACAAAAUGUACGAGGGGGAGCCCGAUGACGACGUGGGGGAGCUGCUGGACGCCGACUUUGCCCUGGACCCUGACAAGGUGAGGGGCUGUGGGCUCUGCAGGCUCCUGCCCGAAGCGGGAGGUGCAGGGGGGAGUUUGCUGAGGCUGUCAGGGCUCGCUGUGCAGCAGUCCUGGGGAGGCUCUGAGGGGCUGAAUAGGCUCUGGUGCUGAUGGGGCUCUGAGGGUCUCAAAGGCUUCAGGGCUGGGAGCUCUGAGAGGUUGCAAAGGCUUUGAGGGAUCACAAAGCCUUUGGGGCUGAGUGGGCUCCAAAGGUUUGCAAACAUUUUGGGACUGGGGGAACUCCGAGGGGUGACAGAGGCUUUGGGGCUGGUGGAAACUCUGAAGGUUCACAAAGGCUUUGGGGCUGGAGGUGCUCUGAGUGGUCUCAGAGGUUUUGGGGAUGAGGGGCUCUGAGGGAUCACAAAGGCUUUGGAGCUGGGGAUGCUCCGAGGGAGGCUCCAAAGGCUCACAGAGACUUUGGGGUGGGAGAAAGGGGGAUACUCCAAGGAGCUGUGAAAGCUUCAGGGCUUGGAGGUGUCAGGAUUGCAAAG